UCCCAAAAUCCACUCUCCAAUACUGUAAUUUUCAAUUUCAACUCUGUCGGCCUAUGAGAGUGGAGCUAAUGGCGGCGGAGAGCAGCAGCAAUCGGGGGAAGAAGGACUCUGCGGCCUCGGGGUUGUUGAAUUCGCCGACCCGCCCAAACGACGACGUUGAAGAUCCCGUCAAAUCCCCGCCCCACUCCCCCAACAAUUCCUCCACGCGCAAGGCUUGCUAUGCUGUUCUUCAGAGUUGGGUUUCCAAGAAGUUCAUGACUGGAUGGUCGUUGAUGGUUUCUUCAGCCCUAUAUAUGAGAGGCUUGGCAUUGAAAUAUUUGGCCUUGGAUUCAUCACAUCAAUAAUCUUUAUUUUCUUUGUUGGUAUGUUUGCUUCGUCAUGGUUGGGUUCCACUGUUUUCUUGAUAGGAGAAUGGUUUAUAAAGAGAAUGCCCUUUGUAAGACAUAUAUAUUCAGCAUCGAAGCAAAUUAGUUCUGCAA